GGGAAAGUGGCUAGCACUGCCGAAAGCUACUCCAACCUCCCCCAUCCCUGAUGUCACAAUUCGGAGGCUGCUGCUGGCCUAGGAGGUUGUAGAAAGUUCUGUAAGUCUUCUCUGUAUGUCCUACAGGGCUCCUCAGGCAAGGUCAUCUGAUGGCUUUUGUGAAAAACUAUCUGUUCCCUAUUCUGGGGAUCUUGGCCUACUACUACUAUUCUGCAAGUGAGGAAUUCAGACCAGAGAUGCUCCAAGGAAAGAAAGUGAUUGUCACAGGGGCCAGCAAGGGGAUCGGAAAAGAGAUGGCCUAUCAUCUGGCGAAGAUGGGAGCCCAUGUGAUGGUAACAGCAAGGUCAGAAGAAACUCUAAAGAAGGUGGUAUCUCACUGCCUAGAACUUGGAGCAGCCUCAGCACACUACCUUGCUGGCACCAUGGAGAACAUGACCUUUGCAGAACAAUUUGUUGCCAAAACUGGACAGCUCAUGGGAGGACUAGACAUGCUCAUUCUCAACCACAUCACCUACGUUCCUCUGCAACUCUUUCGUGAUGAUGUCCGUCUCGUGCGUGACAGCAUGGAGGUCAACUUCCUCAGUUACGUGGUCUUGAGUGUGGCUGCCCUGCCCAUGCUGAAGCAGAGCAACGGCAGCAUCGUCGUCGUCUCCUCGGUGGCUGGGAAAAUAUCUAAUCCACUUAUUGCUCCCUAUGCUGCAAGCAAGUUUGCUCUGGAUGGGUUUUUCUCCUCCAUCAGGAAGGAAUAUUCAAUGGCCAAGGUCAAUGUGUCAAUCACUCUCUGUAUCCUCGGCCUCAUAAACACGGACACCGCCAUGAAGGCAGUUUCUGGAAUACUCAACAGCGAUGCAUCUCCAAAGGAAGAAUGUGCCUUGGAGAUCAUCAAAGGGGGAGCUCUGCGCCAAGAGGAAGUGUAUUAUGAC